UCUGAACAGCUUGUGGGUCACAGCCAUCUCCACCAUGAAAAUCCUUGGGGGUCUCCUUCUACUCUGCACACUAUCCCAUUUUUAUAGCAGCUCUGAAGCUGCUAGUCUGCCUUUAAAAACAGUAGACUGCGACAUUUAUAAGAAGUACCCGGUAGUGGCCAUUCCUUGCCCCAUCACAUACCUGCCUGUUUGUGGUUCUGACUACAUCACCUAUGGAAAUGAAUGCCAUUUAUGUACCGAGACCUUAAAAACUGAUGGAAAGGUUCAGUUUCUUCAUGAAGGAAGAUGUUAAAGUUGCUAUGGAUGUGGACACAGAGAUGAACAUUUCUCUUUUCCCUCCUUUUUGCCUCUUCAUCUUGAUCAAGGUUCAAAGUGAAGGAUAAGCUAGAUUCAAAGUCAACUUCUUUGAGUGUAUUAAAUUGUUGUA